ACAAUAUGGCGGAUGUCCUCCAGCUGUUCAGUCAUCUGUAUACAACGAGUUUAUAUGUAGCUUCAUAAUAAUAAAAAAUUAUCACAUACAAUAGUUCAUUCAACGAUUUCUUCAUUAGUUGUGAUCGUGUGCCAAGAUUGCUUAUUCGAAGUAAUCAUUAGCGAGUAUCAGUUGCUUCGAUAUUCUUAGAAAGAUACCUAUGAUGCAGUAAAUGUUUAACACGUGUAGCAUCCUUUCAAGAUUCAUAAAAUAUCGAAUUUAUUCCACAUUUUAAUAUAAACAAUUUCUCAUAACAUUGACUUCUUUAUUUAUUGCUCACUUCUCUUUUAUUCAUCGUACUUGUUUUAGUCAAUAUCCAUUUAUAUUAUUUGUAUAAUUGCUAAAUUUUGGGAAAAUGGAUUUUAAGUUAAGUGACGGAUUUUUUGAUUUGUGUAUAAAUAUACCGGACAAGCGUGUGGAAAGUUUAGACGGCAUUUUAUUAAAGUUAUAUGAAAUGGGUUAUAGAACAAUUGCAUUAAACCAUAUAUUAAAUGAGAAUGACAUAGAUAGUAAGAAAAAGAAGGAAGGUGAAAAGACUAAAGUGGUGUCAAACGUGGUGCCAAAUCCAAUUGAUAUAUCUAAGCUAAAUGAAAAAUGGAAGGGAAAACUGCGCAUACUUAAUAGGAUAACAUUUAUUUGUUCGGAUUCAACAAAAGCACACACAUUGGCACUGGCACCAAAUUUGAAAAAAUAUGAUAUAUAUGCUAUUGUCCCAACUAAUCAGAAUAUAUUAGAGUUUGCCUGUUCACAAAUAAAAGCAGAUCUAAUUACAAUAAAACCAGAAAUUUCUGGUAUAAAGAUAAAUCGAAAAGUAUAUCGUCAAGCUAUAGCCAGAGGCUUGUGUUUUGAAACACAGUAUGUAGAUCUUUUGAAACAAGAAACACGUAUAGCAGCUCUUCAUUCUUCUUAUAAACUACAUAUGUAUCGUGGAAAUGUGAAUGUAAUCAUAUCCAGUGGUGCAAACAGCAAGAAUUUAAUUAGAAGUCCUUAUGAUAUUAUAAAUCUUGGAUUUAUAUUAGGUUUGAAUCGAGACAGAAUAAAACCAGCUAUAUUAGAUGAAUGUCAACUUGUUCUUUUAAGAGCAAGAAGACGAAUAUCUGGCAAAUCAGUGUUUACAAUAGAAUUUGCGGGAGAAUCAAAGAUUGAUGAUGAUGAUAAUGAUGAUGAUGAUGAUGAUGAUGAGGAAGACAGUGAGAAAGAAACAACAAAAGACUAAGUGAUUUAAUUACGUAUAAAGUUUAACUUUAUAACUUAUUUUACAAAGAGAAUUCUAUUUUAUAUUUUUAUAU